AAAAAAAAAAUUGGUGAAUUCCCAUUAAAAAUAUAAAUUUUAUAUAUUUAAAAUCUAAAUUUCGUGUUGAAAGUGAUUUUUAAUAGAAAAGUUUAAAAAAUAUAUAGUCAAAUUUACGAGAAAUUUUAAAAUAUAGUAAAUUUAAAGUUUCUCCCUGAAGCGCCUUAAAAAAUAAGUAAGAUAAAUAAUGAAUUUAACCAGCGAUGUCUUUCAAUGCCCAUUGCCCGAAGUCGUGGGUCAAAUUGUCAAUGCGUCAACUUCGUUUUACUCCAUGCGCAUACCGAGAGAGUUAAUGGAAGGAUAUUUUGAUUGUCAUGGUUUCGCGUCGUCACUGCUCAAUUCUGAUUGGCAAAAUGAACUGCAUGAGUUUCCCGCUUUAAUCGGCUUUCUCUGCACCUCCAUAAUUAUGACUGUACUGGGCCUCACGUGGUUCCUUUACGAGUUCGUGCAUCAGAAAACGUAUCGUGCUGAAAACUCCUUUGAGCGUUACCUACGCUUAACGCUCUCCAUUACACUCUUCCUACUGAUUUUACCGUACAUCUUCUUUCUUUGGCUUGCUUUUGAAUCGUAUACUUCAACAAAAUCUAUACAUAACGGCACAGAGGAUGCUAAUAGCGAAAAUCUGCGACUCAGCGAGUUUUUUGAGAAAUACAUUCACCCGCUGCCAGUUGAGCCAUUGUCAUCGCAACACUUGGAUCGCAUAAGGAGUGAGGUGGAGAAUCUCUCAAAGAAUUUAGCCACACAAGUGGAGACCGCCGCUCCGAAGGUCAUACAAAAGGGCGAACGCAGCAUCUUGGGGAAACUAUCCAUGAAAAGUAUAGAUUUAGUACCGCUCAUACGAAAAAUGCAGGAGGAGCUGCAGAAUCUCAUAUCGGAUGUCAUGCAACUAAGUGAUCAUGCCCGUUUCUUCUAUCGCAACACCACAACCUUACUGGAUUUGCAGUACAUAAGUUUCAAUGACUAUUCCAGGCUACUGUUCAGCGAAUUUAAGGCCAAUGAACAGCAGAUUGUGAUGCUCCUAAACAUCGAUAAAAUUUUAGCAAAAAUCUUAGAAGUAGUCCUUUUCGCUUCAACUCUGAAUGAGAUGCGAGAAAACCUCACCACAAAUAUGUACAAUAAUUUCGAAAUGCUGAGAAGGGACUUCAACGAAACCGUGACUAAGAAGACAUACGAGUACACCACGCUCGAUGCUAAAAUAUUCGCACAACUUGCGCGUCUUCAGCGUGAGUCGUCGACAGAGGCAGACUUCUUUUUGUCACCCAACAUAAGUCACUUGGAAGUGGUCUAUUGCAUAGUGGCUUUAAUAAUACUUGCUUUGAUCGGCGUUUACCUUGGAGAUUUUGUAAUUGGUACUAGGAAUCGUGUCAUCACCAGAUAUGUGCUGAUGAGCAUCAUCUUUGCGAUUUCCAUUACCUCAAUAUUCCUCUGCCUAUUUGUAAUCUGGCACUUUCUUCAUGGCGUCGUCUACUACAAUUACCACAGAGAAGUCAAUGAAAAUGAAGAAUUCUGUAAUGCAACCAAGUUCCAUUACUGUAGCUUACAUAAUGAAGUGCGUUCUAUGAGACCCGCGGAAGACAAUCCUAGGUUCUCAGUCGCGAACUACUCGGUGCACGAUUUAUGUGACAACAUACUCGACUACAACAACAAGCCAGAAACGGAAGAAUGGGCGCGAGAGCUUAACCAGCAAUUGACAUUUUUCGAUAAAGUUUACCGUUCGGGCGCCAUGUUUGAAGUUGUGCGACAAGAACUAAACAUGGAAAACUGGUAUGAAUUAUAUAAUACAUUGCACAGCUAUAAUAUAGGUGAGACUAGCGCGGAGGAUAAAAACACCAAGCAAGAGCUGCUCGCUUGCAAUCUGAAUACGAUUAGAGAGUAUGUAUUCGAACAACUCUUCAAACGCAAUAUCGCCGCAAACAUAUUUAGGCUGACGCAACAGUCUGGGAAUCUGCGUAACCAACUACCGGGCGACAAUCUAACGCGGCUGAUUAAGCGUGUGUUGCGUGAGGCACAAGAGUUAUCCGACUUCUGUCAUACGCUAGAGAAUCUGCUGCAAGAAAAUAUCGAUACCAUCAGUGAGUUGCUUGCGAAAGCACUCAUGAGCUUUGUUGCGCCGUUAUUUGAGCAAUUUCCACACUGUGAAGAUCUGCGCUUCGCCAGUUUGGGCGUUUCGCGUGAGAUGUACGAGUGUAUCGAGUGCUCGCUGCAUAGCUUUGAUAUCGCUGCCUUCGGCAUACUCAUCAUUAUCUUCAUUAUACUACUCAUCUGCAUUUACUUGACCAUUAUCUAUGAGAAGCAAGCUGCGAUCGGUGUUGUACGUAGCUCAAGUCUAGUCAGAAUGCGUAUGCGUGAAAAUCGCGCGUCCGACAAUCCUACUGGUUCAAGUUCAAACGAUGCAGACUCUACGGAGCCUAAUGUCAGAAAGAUUUUUGAAAAACGCCCUACCCGAGUUCGUUUUAUGGAGCCGCCUAGACUGAAGCGUCGACGUCUUUCUAAGCGAUGAUAUUUUCAAACUGUGUUGGGCCCGAGUUAGAGCAUUGUGCCAAGCAGUAACACACAAAGACACUUCAGUAGACUUAACAGUGAGAACUACUAGAACCACUGUUCGAAAUGGCUUUCGCAGCUACGAUUAGGACUUUGAAGAAAAAUGUUUACGCGUCAAUCAAAUUUAAUAUUAUUGAAAUGUAUUUCGUAAAAAUGUAUUGUCUAUCAAAUUUGGAAUAAAAUGGACUAUUAUGUUGAUAUGAAA